AUGAGCACUGAGAUCGAGAUACAAGAGCCACAAACUCAUCACUUGAAAAGAAAGAAGGGCCCAUCCCACUACUCCGCAUCUAAAAGACAUAGAGUGGGGACAAUCAAGACGGAAGUCGAGGACAUCGAAGAAUCGAGUGAAGACAUUGCCAAACAAUACAAGAAGUACUCAAAUGCACCAAAGUAUGACCUCAAUAGUGAGGAACUAUACUGUGUGUGUCGAGAGCCAGAUGAAGGGGAGUUGAUGGUGGCGUGCGAUGGGUGCGAAGAGUGGUUUCAUGCUAGGUGCAUGAACAUCAGACCCGAGCUUUCGAACUUGAUUAGCAAGUUCUAUUGCAAAUUUUGCACUUGGAAGGGUAAUGGAGUCACAUUGUGGAAACGGAAAUGUCGUCUCGAUGAAUGUUAUGAACCAAUCAAGGAUCAUUCCAAGUAUUGCAGUGAGGAGCAUGGCAAGGAGUAUAUGAGACGAUUACUUUUUGAAAAUUGUUCCCUCGACCAGGGCGUUGUUAAGAAAGUGUUGACACAUGUGGGUGGCGAAGUAGUGAAACUACAUGUGUUGGGACUGGAGUUUCCAGAGCUUUCAGAGGUUGAGACAUAUCGACAAGAUGGGAAGAUUGGCCAGUUUCCUCAAUCUGUGCGAGAUCAGAUUGAGUUGUUGCGAAGGAGAAUUGAGGAUAUCAAAAGGAGGAAGCAGAUUCAAAUACGAGAACAAGAACUACUUUUACAGGUGAAGGAAAAUGUGAAAACUAUCAAUGAGAAGUUGUCGUCACUAAUAUAUCCUUCUACAGAAGAGGAUAGUAAGCCUAAAUCCAAAAAGAGUAAACAAAAGAAACGUAUAGAUCUUUGUCUAUGUGACAGGGGCGAGCAUGUUUUAAUUGAAGAAAUUGCCAGUGAUGAAAAGUCGUUGGAAGAAGUAGCGACCAAAGUCAAAAAGAGACUUGAUAGUGAUGAAGAAGAUAAUGAUGGCGAUGACGAGGAUGAGGAUCCAGAUUGGUUUCGAAGUUGCAUUUGCAUCCGAGACAGGAAGAAAUGUUACCGGCACAAUGGUUGGUGGAAUUUGUCAUACGAUGAUACAGAGAAACUUUUAGACCAACUCAGAUCGAAAGAGGUGGCGAUAGAGACACAAAUCGAUGUAGUUUUGCGGGACUAUUCAAUUCAAAAGUAUAACGAAAAGUAA